AUGCCUAGUCUAGUGGUAUCUGGAAUAAUGGAAAGAAAUGGGGGCUUUGGAGAAUUAGGAUGUUUCGGGGGAAGCGCUAAGGACCGAGGGCUACUGGAAGACGAGCGCGCCCUUCAGCUGGCGCUUGAUCAACUCUGCCUCCUGGGUUUGGGGGAGCCCCCCGCCCCCACGGCGGGCGAGGACGGGGGAGGUGGGGGGGGCGGCGCCCCCGCGCAGCCGGCCGCCCCCCCGCAGCCGGCCCCGCCGCCGCCGCCCGCCGCGGCCCCGGCCGCCCCGAGCGCGGCCCCCGCGGCGCAGACGCCCCAGCCCCCCGCCGCCCCCAAAGGGGCAAACGACGCCAAGCUCUGCGCGCUCUACAAAGAGGCCGAGCUGCGCCUGAAGGGCAGCAGCAACACCACGGAGUGCGUUCCCGUGCCCACCUCCGAGCACGUGGCCGAGAUCGUGGGCAGGCAAGGCUGCAAGAUUAAGGCUUUGAGAGCCAAGACCAACACCUACAUCAAGACACCUGUGCGAGGUGAGGAGCCCGUGUUCAUGGUGACUGGGAGACGGGAAGACGUGGCCACAGCCCGGCGGGAAAUCAUCUCAGCAGCUGAGCACUUCUCCAUGAUAAGAGCCUCACGCAACAAAUCUGGCGCCGCCUUUGGUGUGGCCCCUGCUCUGCCGGGCCAGGUGACCAUUCGUGUUCGAGUGCCCUACCGUGUGGUGGGACUGGUGGUGGGCCCCAAGGGAGCGACCAUCAAACGCAUCCAGCAGCAGACCAACACAUACAUCAUCACCCCCAGCCGGGACCGCGACCCGGUGUUCGAGAUCACCGGCGCCCCAGGCAACGUGGAACGUGCGCGGGAGGAGAUCGAGACGCACAUCGCUGUGCGCACCGGCAAGAUCCUCGAGUACAACAGCGACGGCGACUUCUUGGCCGGCAGCCCCGACACUGCACUGGACAGCCGCUACUCUGACGCCUGGCGGGUGCAUGCUCCGGGCUGCAAGCCGCUUUCCACCUUCCGGCAGAACAGCCUGGGCUGCAUCGGCGAGUGCAGUGUGGACUCGGCCUUCGAGGCCCCGCGCCUAGGCGAGCAGGGCGGGGACUUCGGCUACGGCGGGUAUUUGUUUCCGGGCUAUGGUGUGGGCAAGCAAGACGUCUACUACGGCGUGGCUGAGACGAGUCCCCCGUUGUGGGCGGGCCAGGAGAACGCCACGCCCACCUCGGUGCUCUUUUCUGCCUCCUCCUCUUCUUCAGCCAAGGCACGCGCAGGCCCACCGAGUGCACACCGCUCUCCAGGCACCUCUGCGGGGCCAGAGCAGCUGGCCGGGCUCCCUCGGCGACCGCCUGGAGAGCCACUGCAGGGCUUCUCUAAACUGGGGGCGGGAGGGCUGCGGAGUCCAGGCGGCGGGCGGGACUGUAUGGUGUGCUUUGAGAGCGAAGUGACAGCAGCCCUGGUGCCCUGUGGACACAACCUUUUCUGCAUGGAGUGUGCAGUACGCAUCUGCGAGAGGACGGACCCAGAGUGUCCUGUCUGCCACAUCACCGCCACGCAAGCCAUCCGAAUAUUUUCCUAAGCUCCCUGUCCCUGGUCUGGGCCCGCUGCCCAGGAUGACACCCUGGACCUGUAGGGCCUUUUGGAAAAUCAGUGACUACAGGGCAAGGUGCUUAGAAAUAUUCGCUCCCUGGGGUGGGGAGGGGAGGCAUGAGUGGCUGGGGGGGCAGCCACUUUCAGAACCUCUGGUUACCCUUUGGAAGGGGGCCAGACCGUAAGUUUUACUAGAGUUACAACUCUGAUACCUCAACACACCCUUAAAUCUGGAAGCAGCUAUAGAAGCUUUUGUUUAGCUUGCUGUCCACCAGGGCAUCCUGACCUUUCCCUUCUCCCCAUCCGUGUGUCAUUUUGCCCCUUCCUCUGUGGAGAGGUAAGACAACACAGGAGGGGGAGAAUUGCCAUCUGUAACCAGAGGUGCUCUUAGUGAUCCCCGCCCCUCUGGUCCUGACCUCCCACCUCCUAACAUAACCCUUUAUCCCCCUCCCCACUCGUAUCCUGAGUUCCCAGCAGUAUGAGGGAGAUGGGGGCCUAUCAGAUCUGGAGUGAGGAGGAGGUCAAUCAAUAAAGGGCUCACAACUCAUCUGUCUUACAAAGCUGGGCUGGAGAGAUCUGGAAAGAAGCUUCCCUUUCCCUCCAACUUUUUGCUUGGCUUCCCCAGCUUUUCUUCUGGGUUUGCCCCUUGCUUUUUUCCAUUUCUUCACCCCCCCCCCCCCGGCUGUCCUCCUUGUCUAUCUUCCUUUCCCCUUCCUGCCCCUUCUAGCCCAGCUUUGGGGAUACCAUCCUCCUGGGGAGAAGUGCCCCCAGUUCCUCUUCAUGUACUGGAUAGCUCUGUCCCCCACUCCUCCAAAGAACCCGUUCCAGUUCUUGAUGGAAUGUAGCUGUAGACUCAGUGCCAGUUCGAGAGGGAAACCGAUAAUGGGGGUCCGUAAGGGUUGAAACCCCUUCUUUAUCAUAUAUGGGCAUUAUACUUGGGGAGCACUUCUGGGUCUUCUGGCCAAGAGAAGAGAAAAUGGGAAGUAGGAAAAGUCCUGGGGCAGGAAAGAUGUGGAUGGAUGGCUCCCCCUCCCCCUCACCUGCAGUGGCCUAUCCCCUGACCUCGCUGCACCGGCUGGACCAUUAUUGAAUCCGUAUUAGCUACAAAUCAUGAAGUCUCUGUCUUACCCACUGGCUGAGGAGAGAGGCCAGAUUUUUGGUGAGGGUCAAGCCCGGGCAAAGCAUUGAGAUGCAGCAGGGCCUGUUACAAGAAUCAGGUGUUGUGAUAGGGCCUGGCACCCUUUGCUGUUCCCAUUGCUCACUUGUCCGUCUGUCCCGCAGCCUCCUACCCUCCUGGUUCCGCUGGCCGGGCCAGGAGAGGAUGGGUGAUGGGGAAGCCCGGGAGACCCAGGAGAUGCUUGUAUAUAGUCAGGUGGGACUAUGAGCUCUUCUAGCUUAGAAGUCCCAUUCUUCCUGGAUGGAGAAGGGAUGUGGGAUGAGGGCACAGAGGGAGGUCCUCUCUCCCCUUUGCCUGUUGUGAAUUAACUUGCCUCUCCUCAGCCUUCCCCUCCAGACCACCAGCCUGGGAGGGGAGAGGAAGGAGGCUACAGCCCAAAAAACUGGCCUGUGGCAGCUUCCCUCCUCUCCACCAAUGUGAGCCAUCUUGAGAUGUCUGUACAAUAGAAACCAAACCAAAUGGGCACCCUGGGUUGCCCAGGGGCAGGGCAUGGGAGGGGGUGGGAAAAAGGGAUGUCUGUCUGUCGACCCCCUCCCCCUCUCCACUCCUUACCCACAAAGGCAAAGACUGUUACAGUAGGGGCUCCACAGAUCCAGUCCCACCUUUGCAGAGGAGCCUUUCCUAGAAACUAGCGCAAAACGCAAAAGUGAGCAACAAGAGAGAAAGCAAUGAGGGAGUGAGAUGGUGACCAACAGGAGAGGAAACAAAAAUAGCAAAAAAGAAAAAAAAAGCAGUUCUUUAUAAUUUAAUAUUCUAUUUUAAUAAAGGCAUUUAUUACCGUAUAAAUGUAGCAAAGAACCUGGGCUAAUAUGAAAAAAAGACUUUUUAUUAGGUAAUUUAUUAUAUGAAAAGGAUAUUUUAUUUUAUGAUAAAGUGAUCCUUAAAAAAAACUUUAGAAGGUUUAGAAUAUAUGUAGGGA